AUGUCGACAGCCGCAUUUCCAGGAUUUGGAACUUUUGCUGAUGCCUACACCAAUUUAUCGCCAUGGGAGGACAGUAGUGGAGUCAUGUCAAUGGUUGAAAAUAUUGACAGUACAUGGCCAACUUUGGACAAUAGCUUUGAUCCUCAGCUGCUAGGCGGAAAUGGUCUACCCUGCCCAGCAGAAGCGAGAUAUUGCUCACCAAACAAUGUUCCCUCAAUCACGAUAUCCGACAGAGAAUACGACUCAUAUGCCCAAGGUGAUGAUGCGGAAUCUGCGAUCAUCAGACUCGCACAACUAAAUGAAAACCUCGCUGAACAAAUUGGGAACUUGAAAUCGUAUACGUGGACGGAAAAAUCUAAUGUGCAAUCAUGCAUCAAAAUGACUCAUGAAGUCAAACGGAAUCCCAUAGCUCGGGCUCUACAAAGUGUAGCUGAACUUGCUACUAUCCUUGAGAAGGCGGCCUUUCAGUCAGAGCAACCGGCUUUCACAACUAUGGCGCACUCAGUCUCUGGGAUCAGCGGACUCUCCAAUGAAGCAGAAAGAGGUGACGAGCCAAAAGCGACAGCUCUCUGUGGACGAAAGAAUUCCAAUCCUGGAAGCAGACAUUUGCUCAGCACACCAAUGAUGCUCCUCGUGCUCUCAAGCUAUCUGCAAAUCAUUGAAGUCUACGAUUCCAUGUAUCAUCGCAUCCGCCAGGCCGUGGAAAAUAUACCUAAUGUGAUCAAUGUCCUGCGACGAUCACCAAACUUCCAACCCUUCGGGCUACCUCCUAUGAAAGUGGAAUUGUAUAUCAAGAUUAUGACUCAGAUGGCGGAACACCAUCUGGGGAGCAUCCAGAACUGUUUGGGAAUCCCAACGGAAUUACUAAUUACAUCUGAGCCUAUGUUAGCGCCAGCAACCCUCAAUAACGUUCAUUUGUCGUCUCUGCUGUCGACAAUGGAAACGCAGAAGACGAUCUCCCUACGUGCCAACCUGAGGACAGUGAAGCAACUCCUCCUUCAUUAA